GAGAUUCUGAAUGAUGGAAGACCACUUGCUUGAAGGAUAUGCACCAGAUUCUCUCGAUAUUGACAAAGAACUCCUGAUGAGCUUCUUUGAUAAAGAUAACAGAGAAAGGGAAGGAGCUGAGAUGCCAAUGUCUCUAAGAAAAAUGAAUAUAAAUGAACUCAUGAGGAGACUUAACACAUCAGCCCAUCAAGGAAUCUCUCUUGAUGAGUCUGAAAUACUCAAAAGAAGGAAUAAAUAUGGUAAUAAUCUAAUGACACCUGAGAAAACACCAAGAAAAACAGGCGACAAUGACUAUUCUGAUGUGAAUCUUUCUCGUAAAAGAACUAUUUCGGCUUACACUCUCGAUCAUUUUAAAGAUAAAAUGUGGAGCAUUCUUUUGUUGUGUUGUCUAAUUUUACUCGCGAUUUCAAUCUUUGAGGAAAACAACUCUACAUUGAAUACUUGGUUGAUCGGAACUACUGUUCUAUCAAUGUACGUCUUAAUCCUUGUCCUCCAUAUCAUCUUUGAAAGAUACAAGCACAACACUUUGCUCAAUACUAUUCGAGAAAUGGAAAACAAGAUUGAAGUCACUGUAAUUAGAGAUUCAAAAGAGUUUGUGAUCAAACAAUCUGAAUUAGUAGUCGGUGACAUUGUAAUCUUGUCUGGAGGGGAUGCCAUCCCUGCAGACUGUGUCGUAAUAGAAGCAAACCUUCAAGCAAAAGUAGAUGAAUCAUAUCUCACACCUGAUAUCAAUCCAGUUCAAAAGAAAGCUAUUAAGGUCUUCCAAGAAACUUUUGAAAAACAAAAAGAAGAAUCUAAGCAGAGCUAUGAUAUUGAAGUUCCAGAUCCUUUCCUAUUAGCUUCCACUUUUGUGAUUUCAGGGAGGAUGAAAGCACUUGUCCUCGCUGUUGGAAGGAAUACAUAUGUCAGGAGCCAGAACUUACAUAGCCCAUAUUACACAAUAAUGGGUGAAAAGAGAACAAUACUCCAAUCUAAAAUUGACAGAAUAGUGAACAACAUUGGAAAGUAUUCAUUGCCAAUGUGUAUUAUAAUCUUAUCCACAAUGUUUUUCAAGCACAUAUGGGUAAACUUGAAUCAAGAAGAGGCAAAUUAUAACCUAAAAGGCCUAGAGAUCUUCGGAGGGACAUUUUAUCUGAUCACCUACUUCUGUAUUCUCCUAAUAAUGUUUAUCCCAGUGGGACUAUCGAAUGCUGUGGAGUUCAUCAUCACCUACAUUAUUAAAAUAUCAAGCGAAAACUGAAUUUGUCUUUCCAAGUCAACUCCAGAGAAUAUGGCCCGUAUCGACCAGCUCUGUAUCGAAAAAGGAGGUACACUGACGACUAAAUAAAAUGGAGGUUGUACAAAUAGAUGUUUUUGAUAGGACCCACACUCAGAUUGAAACCAUUGAUGAUAAACGCAGAGACCUGAUAGUCUCUAAUCUGGCCAUCAAUGUUGUUCAUCUCAAUUCCAUGGGAAGAAUUGUCACAAAUCUUAACAAUGAGAGGAGGCAUAUAGGAAACCGCAUGGAAUGAGCAUUCUUAGAAUUCCUAUCUAAGAACGGAAUUGAUUACCAAGAAAUCCGUAAAAAUUCUACUGAAAUUUCACAGACAAAUCCAAGCGAGCAGAUAAGAAUAGUAGUAACAGUUGCAGAGCAUAAGGAAGAUCCUAACUUACUCAGAGUGUAUGCUAAUGGCUCUACUGACGUAUUCUUAACUAGAUGUAACAGAAUUCUCUCGAGCAACGGCCAAAAGGUACCAUUCACAUAUUCUCAGAAGCAGCAGAUCAUUGAAGAGACAAUUCAAAAAUAUCAGAAAAACAGAUUGAGAGUUCUUGCUCUUGGCUAUAAAGACAUCACAAAGGAAGAGUAUUACAGCCUAAGCGAGGAGCAAAACUCAGAGCUUAUAGGAAAACAUUUUAUUCUUGUCUCCUUAAUCGCUCUUGAUGAUCCUACUAGAGGUGAGGAAGCCCAGAAAGCAGUCUCUGACUGCAGGAAAGCAGGAGUUAACGUCAGAAUAAUCAGUGGAGACUCCACAGAAGCUACAAAGGCAAUCGCUAAAGAGACAGGAGUUCUCUGUGAUUUUGAUGAAAUCUGCGUCAACAAUGUUUGUAUCGAAGGUGAAGAAUUUGCCAAGAAAGUCGGAGGAAUAAUUACACAUUCUAAAAAGAGCAGAUGGAGGAAAGAUUAUAUUAAAAACGAAAGUGCAUUUAAAGAAUGAAUCAAAGACCUUAAAAUAAUAUCAUGCUCAUCAUCAGAGCAUAAAUAUUUAUUAGUCACAGGACUGAAGAAUGAGGGAUAUACUGUUGGAGUCACUGGUAUAACUCCUGCUGAUACAAAGAGUCUACUGAAGGCUGAUGUUGGACUGACUCUUAACCAGCUGGGAUCUGAGGUAGCAAAACACUCUUCUGAUGCUAUUCUUCAAAAUGAUAGCCUCAAAUCAAUAGUAAUCGGAAUAUUGUGGGGUCGAAAUCUCUUUACGAUAAUUAAAAAGUACCUUCAGUUCUACUGAACCUUCCUUUUUGUGCUAUUGUUUAUUAUACUCUUUGGAACAUUAAUACAAGGAAGUAUUCCAUUCAACCUUUUUGAACUUCUCUGGUUGCAUAUCAUUGUUGAUUUUAUAGUCCUAUUUGUGUUCUUGCUAGAAAAGCCUAGCUCAGGACUCCUCCUUCAAAAUGUUGUGAAAUAUAGUGAUCCUCUUCUGAAUGAAAACAUCUUGAAAUUCAUAAUUCUUGUAGGAAGUUAUGAAAUACUAGCCUUGAUUGUAACUCAAAUUCUUAUAGAAUAUUUCUCUUCCCAAGUGAUUCCCUUAGGCUCUCUGUGGGAAUCAGACAGUGGAGUGACAGGAACGAUAAUCUUCCAAAUAUUCUUCUACUUCAUAAUGUGAAACCUAAUCCUCUCCAAAACCCUCAAAACCAACGAAAUCACCAUCCUCCACGACAUCUGGAGCACAACCGGCAUCAUUAUCCUCGCUCUGACGCUCAUCCAGACCGCUCUAGUCACCUACGGAAACCAACUGAUCUCCUACAAAGUCAUCAACAUCUACCACCACCUCUUCUCCCUCUUCAUCGGCCUCACCCCUCUCCUCAUCGGCUUAGUCACCAAACACCUCAUCCCCUCCUCCCCCUUCACUUUCAAAAUCUCCGAAAAUCCACUUGAACGCAAUGAGAACAAAGGCAACCUUCUACACUACCUUCGGAAGAAGGUCCCUCUUCCUCCUAAAAGGUCUGUCAAACAGAAGUGGAGGGAGAAUCCCUCCACUCAGUAUGAUACGAAGGGUAAGCUGAAAGUGCAGUGGGCCAUGGAUGAAGAGGAAGGCAAAGGAAGCAGGACAAAGUAGGGGUAAAGGAGUUUUAAGAAAAUUUGAAAAAUCUA